AAUUUUUAAUUUUAUUUUGGUGAUGAAGUUUGCAUAAAUUCCAAGCAGCGCAUGAUAUAUGUAAAAAUUUCAAGUUGGUAUUGAAGAAGAAAAGGACUAUUUAAUAAUAAAAAAGCAGAUCAUAAAAUAAAACCAAUAAAGGACGACACAAGAGAAAAAUUAAUAUAUUUUUUUAAAUAUCUACGGCAAAUCCCCGGAAAAUGUUUCGACUACAUUAUGCCGUUAAAGUUUUGAUCCGGUCGCACCGUCUACCAAAUCCUUUAACAACGGUGUUGCGAGUGAUCUCAACCACAGCGCCAAAACCAAACUUUGGUAGUCUCGAAUUGCCAUGGGCCACCAACGAGGUGUUGCAUACUAUCGAGAAGACGGAAGAUCGAGCUGUGGUAAACGGCAGUGGGGCAGGCAAAAGUGAUAAUAAUGGUAGUGACGAGAAGAGUAGUAAAGGGAAUGAUGAGCUGCCGAAAUUGCCUGUCAGUGACGAGAAGAAGCUGCCAGAUGUUACUAUUGUUGACAUCAAUGGCGGUUAUGGACGCAUGGACUUUGAAGAUCGCAUGGAACAUAUGGAUCGUUCGGAUCGCAUAAACGAGGCGAAGCAGUCGAACAAUGCUUGCGGAGAAUCAGUAAUACCAAUAAUAAGAACAAUGCCGAGAGUUGACAAUAUCGAUGGUUAUGGUGACGAUAUGAUGUACGAAGAUAAGGCAGAAUGGGAAUUGGCGAGUAAGCCAGAGGUGAAGCAAGAGAAAGAAACUGACAGCAACAGUAAAACUACCGAUCUCACUGCAGCGAAUACAGAGACUACAGCAGUGAGUGAUGUGGCGUAUAAUAAGAGCAGUGACACAGAGCUGCCUCCGAAACAAAGAUUGCAUGCGAAUCGCUCUGAUGAAGUUGCUGAGAUCGCUGUUUUGACGCACCCCACAUCUGAAGCGACAGCUGCAACCGCUAGCAGUAACAAAGAAGUGGAAAUAAUUUGUGAGGCGCCCGUGGACAUUGAUGCCUUCGCCAAUGAGCAAGAGUCGAAGCAAGGUACCGUCGAUAUCAAUGCUUAUGAAGACGAUGAGCGUUUCAAAUUGCCACAAAUACCUAAAGUACGCAAUAAUGUUUUCGUAUUUCGUGGCAUUAAGAUCAUUAUGCCUAAGCGCAUGCUACGCGACGCCACCUAUCGUUAUCGGUUGGAUCCCAGUGAUAAAGACAAGCCGGAUGAUAUGCAAAUCUGUGUUUUUGAGAAGUUAACAAGACGAACCCAAUGUGACUGACAUUUUAUGAUUUCUUUUUGAUUUUCUUUAUAUCAUAUAAUUGUAUUCUUCGAGAAAUUUCGCAAAACUAAAUAUACAUAUAUAUGUAUAUAUGUAUAACAACUUAUAAAACUACAAAUAUCACUGGCAAAAUCGUA